UCCUGCUCUCUCUCAUCUUACAAGUUACUUUACCAAAAGUCUUUGUUCUUUUUCCAGACUCCCAUUUUCUAUUUUCUAUAAGGAUUUUUGGUCUUUUUCUGAAGCAUGUUCUAUUUAUUGUUGAGGUCUUGUGUAAAUUGUGGUAUAAAAGAAGUGGUGAAGAUUGUGAGAAAUGGCUGGAGUUAGCAGGAAAAUAUCAGCUGCUUCUGCAAGGUCUCCCACCAGAAAGUCUCAUCAUAACACCUCUAAGCUCCCUUCAGGGAUGUUGAAGAAUAUUAUACUGGUCUUGUUGAUUGGGUUGUUGUCAUGGGGAUAUCAGGCUGCCCGUCCUCCGCCACCCAAAAUCUGUGGUUCCCCAGGCGGGCCAGCCAUUACGGCACAUAGAAUAAAUCUGAGGGAUGGAAGGCAUUUGGCCUACAAGGAACAUGGUGUCUCAAAACAAGUGGCCAAAUAUAAGAUUGUAUUCUUUCAUGGAUUUGGCAGCACCAGACAUGAAGCGAUAAUUGGAACACACAUGUCGCCGGGAAGUGUUGAAGAACUAGGGGUAUACGUUGUAUCUUUUGACAGACCAGGCUAUGGAGAAAGUGAUCCAAAUCCGAAGCGAACGAUGAAGAGCUUGGCAUUGGAUGUGGAAGAGCUUGCUGAUCAGUUGGAACUUGGACCUAAAUUUUAUGUAGUAGGGUAUUCUAUGGGAGGCCAGGCUGUUUGGGGCUGCCUCAAGUACAUCCCCCAUCGGCUAGCAGGAGCAACAUUGAUCGCUCCAGUCAUAAACUACUGGUGGCCAGGGUUUCCUGCCAAUUUAUCUAAAGAAGCCUACUACCAACAAUUUCCCCAGGACCAGUGGGCACUUCGUGUUGCACACUAUACUCCAUGGCUCACCUACUGGUGGAACACCCAGAAACUGUUUCCUGCUUCAAGUGUGAUUGGCGGAAGGCCUCAACUCUCUCGCAAAGAUAUGGAAAUUAUCCAACAGAUGGUGGCAAGACCAAGGCACCUGGUGCUUCAGGCAAGUCAGCAAGGAGAAUUUGAGUCCAUCCACCGUGAUAUGAUGGUCGGAUUUGGAAGCUGGGAGUUUGAUCCUCUGGAGCUUGAGAACCCUUUUCCUAACAACGAAGGGUCAGUUCAUAUAUGGCAAGGUGAUGAAGAUGGCCUCGUGCCUGUUAUGCUGCAACGGUAUAUUGCAGGGAAACUUUCAUGGAUUCAGUACCAUGAGGUACCAGGUGCUGGGCACUUGUUUCCUAUUGCAGAUGGCAUGACUGAUGUUAUAGUAAAGGCACUUUUACUGGGGGAAAAGUAGUCGGGUUUAGGCAUGGCCGGACAGAGCUCUUUGUGAACUGGGUCAAAGGUUAAGAAAAGAAAAAGAAAAAGUUGUUAGAUUUGAUGAACAGAAAUAAUGUAUAACAUUGUUUUCUCUUGUUUUGGCACUAAAUUUGGAGUGGCUUUGCUCUCUAUAGCCUUCCUGCAAGUGAUAUACAAUGGUUAUUCCUGUAGCCCUUGCUUUA